CGUGUACAUCCUACAGGGCAGUGGGUUUAAAAAAUGGAAGUCUCACUGAUACUUAAAACUAUUUUGUUUUUGUUGGUAUCUGCGGUUAUAUAUCGCAUUGUGUUAUUUUUAUUGCAUGUGAGGAGAAUAACAGCUAUAUUCAAGGGAGCAAAAGGUCCAGAGAAAUGUCACUGGCUUUUUGGCAGUCUUGUGCACUUCCCUAAAGAUGGACAUGAUCGAAUGCAGUAUUUCCUUGACAUUUGUAAUAAAUACGGAAAGGAACAAGGCUACGUUUUGUUAUGGGGCAUGUUUAAGAAACCACUCGUUAUAGCAUGCAGUCCAAGGAUAAUGAGCAUAAUAUGCAAAAGUAACGAGCCAAAAUCGAGAGGGUUUGUCGGUUUAUAUCGCCUCUUGUUGCCAUGGCUAGGCGAAGGUUUGCUUGUGGCCAAUGGAGAAAAAUGGGCACGAAACAGACGUCUGCUAACCCCUGCCUUCCAUUUCGAGAUACUGAUGCCUUACGUGCAGGUGUUCAACGAAUCGGCGGAUAUACUUGUGGAAAAGUUGACAAAAAAGGCGGAAGAAGGCAAAAGAUUUGAGGUAUUCAACGAAGUAUGUUUAUGUACGCUGGACAGCAUGCUGAGAUGUGCAUUUUCAUACACGAAAAAUGUGCAAACCGCAGGAGAGACAAAUGAGUACGUUAAAGCAGUGAAUCGUUUAACUUGUAGGCUCUCCGAAAGAUUUCUAAAUCCAAUUUUGUUGGUUGACUUUUUUUGGAAUCUAACUAAAGCCAGCCGACAGUAUAAAAAGGAUUGUGAAUUUGUGCAUACCGUGUCAGAAGAAAUUAUUGAUAAGCGUCAACUUGAACUGGAAACAGGAAAGCCCGACAAGCGUCGGUAUGUUGACUUCCUUGACAUUCUCUUGAAGGCAAAGGACGAAGUUGGCAACAAGCUAACACGCUUAGAAGUUAGGAAUGAAGUUGAUACGUUCUUAUUUGAAGGUCAUGACACCACCGCCAGUGCCAUUUCGUGGAUACUUUUUUCCCUUGCGGAAAAUGCCGAAUGUCAACGAAAAUGUCAAAAAGAAAUAGACGAACUUUUAAGAGACAGAGACAGCGACGAUAUUGAAUGGUCAGAUUUGAGUAAAUUUGAGUAUCUCACGAUGUGUAUUAAAGAAGGAAUGCGUCUUCAUGCACCGGUACCGAUUGUUGGUCGUGAUAUAGAAAACGACUUUGAUCUUGGUGACCGUGUUGCACCUAAAGGGACACUGGUUCAAAUCAACAUUUGGGCAUUGAAUCACAUGGAGCAUAUAUGGGGAUCUGAUCAUAUGGAGUUCAAACCAGGCAGAUUCUCAAAAGAAAAUAUUGACACAAUGGAAAAUUUCCAGUUCGUGCCAUUUUCAGCUGGACCUAGGAACUGCAUUGGUCAGAACUUUGCAAUGAACGAACUUAAGGUGGUUCUGUCAAAACUCCUAAAACAUUUUACAUUUCGUCUGGAUACAAGUCACGAAGUUAGGAAGAAUCAAGCGGCGGUAAUGAGAACAGAAAAUGGAAUGUACAUGUUCGUUGACAAACGACGUUCCUAAGCAUGCCGUUAAUUUGCUGUAUUUAGAACAUGUAGAAAGAUUAUUGGUUGUUAAACGAAAAUACACGAAAAGAAAAUUGUUUUCUUUUUUGUAUAAUUUGCUGUGAAAGUCUGUGAAAUGUUGAAAAAAAGAAAAGAAAAUGAUUUAAUCUGUUGCAAGAUGUGUGUUGAAAUCAAAUUUGCGGUUAAAGAUGCUUUUUUAUAUUCAAUAAACUUAUAUAUAUACUUAACUACUUAAUAUCAUUUGAUACCUAUAUUUGUAUAUUAUAACAAACAAAUAACACAAAUAUUACUGUUUUAGCAUUAUAUUAACUGAAUGCUAAUUGGUAAUAAGUUUAAUCAAAGUUAAUUAUAUUUUUAUCACCAGUUCAACGACAAAAUGUUAAUUAAUUGUUAACACUAUACUUCAAUUUUCAUGAUUGCAUAGAAUAUAAAAGAUGAUAAGUUUUAAAUUUAGUAUUCUUUAUAUGAUAUGUAUACGGUGGCAAAAAGGGGCCAUCAGAAAUAUUUUAUCAACCACGUGCGCACGCGAAAGCUACCACGUGCAUACGCGAUAGCUACUAAGUGCGCACGUACAAGCUAUUACGUGCGCAUGCGAUAGCUUUUACGUGCGCACGUAAUGAUUGACCAAGGUAGGGGCGAUCGCGUGCGCACGUAGUAGCUAUUGCGUGUGCACAUGAUAGAUAAAAUAUUUUGAUGUUCCCCUAUGCCACCGUAUAUAUAACAUAAUACAAUAUACAUUGUAAAAUAAUAUGUAGUGUGGCGUACAUAUAAGAGUUGGUAUUUUGUUUAAAAAUGUACAAUAUGAAUAUAUUAUGUCAAUACUGAGUAUGUUAAAAAAAAGUUGCAUGGCUUUUUAAAAUAUGCAACACUAUUCAAUGUUAAGAUUAUGUAGUGCAGGGUAUAAAGAUUGUACAAGAAUUGUAUUAUUUUUGUUUUUAUGUAUACAUUAAAAUAAAAUACAUAGAAUUUAUAAUGAGUGCAAAACUGA